AUGCUCUUCUCCAAGUCGCUCGCGCUCGCAGUGGCGCUGCUGGCCUCCAGCGUCGUUGCCUCGCACAACGACAUCCACGCGCCUGCCGUCGCCCGCCACGCUGGCUCGAAGCGCGGGUCGAAGUGCAAGGCCAAGACGUCGGCCAACUACGUCGGCCACAAGAAGCACAAGUCGAGCAAGAAGGCCUCGGGCUCGGCCUCGACGGACAACAAGACGGCGGCCAGCUCGGGAGCCAAGCAGAACAAUGCUAAGCCGCCGGCGGGUGCGCCCAAGAACCUCAAGGGCAAGGCCGGUCUGUGCUGGCCCAACGGCGACUCGAUGAAGAUGAGCAACUUCGCAAUCGGAGAUGUCUCAUGGUACUAUACCUGGCACCCAGCGCCUUCUGCAGGUGCUGGCGACAUGAUGUUUUGCUCGAUGCUGUGGGGCACCAAGCAGAUCGGCGACUACCAGCAACACGUCAUCUCGCAACCCGACUCCGACGCCAACAAGGAUCGCUGCACGAUGGGCCCCAACGAGGUGCAGGAGCCGGGCCAGGCCAACAUGAGCCCGCAGGCGACGUGCGACCUCAUGCGCAAGUACCAGGUUCCCCUCAAGGACAACCACGGCUACUACCUGAUGGGUCCCUCGACGUCUUCCAACCCGAACGGCCUCAACGACUGGUACCCCAAGUUCCGGAAGGCGUGCCCCGACGUGCUUGACAAGCUUGACGCGAUCAGCCUACACUGGUAUGACGUGAAGCUUUCCGACUUCAAGAAGUACAUCCAGGACUGGGUGGACGCUUUCGACAAGGAUGUUUGGGUGACUGAGUACGCUUGCCAGAACUUCAACGGCGGCGCUCAGUGCACCAAGGACGAGGCGUGGGCGUUCCACCAGGGCGCCGUCGAGUUCAUGGACGCGCACCCCCGUGUUGUCGGCUAUUCCGCCUUCUCGACGAUGCAGAACCUGCAGGGCGUGGCCGAGGUCAACCGCAUGAGCGUCGGCAGCCAGCCCAACGCUCUCUUCCGCCUCUACGCCGGCCUCAACUAG